GUGAAGUGGUCAGACUCUUCUUCAAGCAGUGUGACCAAAACCCAUAUGGAACUGGAGAAUUUCCUUCUCAAGCUUCCUAAGGAUCAGUGUACUGAGUCUUUUGAGAAGAGCAUCCUGAGGCUCUUGAACCAGGGGGACCAGAGUGAGAGCAGGGAUGUGGAGAAGAACCUCAGGGAAAGGUUCCUGUCUGCUCCUCCAGUCUUCAGGCAGACCAGAAAGGUCUGCAGCUUCUUCAAUUGUGACUCCAGUUACUCUGCGAAACCUGCUAGCUGCAGAUGCAACUGCCCACUGGGUAAGGCCUACCAAGGAGACUGCUCCGAUGCCUCCAGCCAGGAGGAAGAGUCGUAUGUUCAGGGAUACAAGAAAAAGCACGGGACCAAGAGUCCAUGUCAAGGUCUCUCUAGUGCCAAGGGCUCCCAGGGGGAUAGUCGGAGGGGGGCCCACACUGCAGAACAUAAUGGUCCAGCAGAGAGGAGGAAGAGCUGUACGCUGAGGAGCAGCCAGGAGGCGGAACAGGUGAGGGUGGAGGGCUGAACGGGGCUGGCCAGCACGAAGCUGAACCAGACCAGAUAUCUUCCUCAUUCUGAAAUCUUUGGUGAUCUGCAGUACUUCUAAACACCUGGCUGAUCAGUUCAAUGUAUUACA